AGUUUACAGCGAUGCACGCACAGUACCAAUGACACCUGUGUCUCCGAUGAUAGAAUGCUAAAGAGAAAAUGUCAUCUUCUCAUACGACGGAGUUAACUGAGCAAUUGGUUAAAGACUAUGCGAAUUAUGCAAAAGUGAACUGGGAUAAUCAGAUGAAAAGUGUCCGCGAUAUCAUAGAGGAUACUUUAAUACGGCUGGAGGAAUUUCAAUCGAUUGUUGCAAUGGUGGAAAAUAGCAACGCCGAAUGUAUGCAGCAGCAUCUUCCAAAGUUACAGCACAUGAAGGAUGGUAUGGCAACUCUUCGUAAGCGGAUAGAUUCAUUAGAGCAUGUUGUUGCAAUGGCCAAUAUGAAUUUAAGUACAUUAGAAGCUGCCGUAGACAAGGCAGAAGCUGAUUUAGGAGUAUCAGAUAGAUUAUUUGGAAUAUUAAAUCCUUUGUCAUUUUUUAAGAAAACUCAAGAACCUGUUGCGUCAAGCGUAGUGCCAAUAUAUAAAUCGCCAAUAAUUUAUAGAUCUGAUGACUAUUUUCAAAGAGAAUAAAAUAUAUAUAUAUAU